CAGCGUGCUGGGGAAAGGCACUUCCCAGGGAGAGAGCGACUGAUUCAUACUAGCUCACUGCCUUUGCUCGCCAUGGAAGCAUUCCAGCAUCAGCUACUUACUCUUACUGGGGGUCUGAUAUGUUUCUGUGCUCUGGUAAAAUGCAUCAGAUUUAUGAAAUAUAUUUUCCCACAUUUCUGGAGUGCUUUGCCUCAGACUUUCUUUCGAUCGCUGGGAGAAUGGGCAGUGGUCACAGGAGCAGGAGACGGGCUUGGAAAAGCAUAUUCCUUUGAGCUGGCAAAACGUGGAUUAAAUGUAGUUAUGAUAAGCAGAACUCUUGAAAAACUGCAGAGAGUAGCCUCUGAAGUUGAGCAGGCUACAGGUCAAAAGGUGAAGGUUAUACAAGCUGAUUUCACCAAAAAUUCAAUCUACGAGAACAUCGAAAGAAGUCUGCAAGGCUUGGAUAUUGGUGUUCUGGUUAACAACGUUGGAAUGCUUCAUAAUCCUCUUCCGUGCCGUUAUCUUAAUGGGCAACACAUAGAUGAGAACCUCAUCAACUGCAACAUUAUUUCUGUUACAAAGAUGACGAAAAUAAUUUUGAAACAAAUGGAACCAAGACAAAAAGGUCUUAUUCUGAAUUUGUCCUCUGGUCUGGGUACUUUCCCUUGUCCAUUAUACACAAUGUACUCGGCUUCUAAGGCUUUUAUAAGCACUUUCUCCAAAUCACUACAAGCAGAGUAUAAAGCAAAGGGAAUUAUCAUACAGGUAGUGGCUCCUUACGGUGUUUCUACUCCAAUGACAAUGCACCAAAAACCUGGUCUUAUUACAAAGACGGCAGAAGAGUUUGUUAGCGAAUCACUGGAUUAUGUCACCUUUGGAGAUGAGAUUUUUGGAUGUCUAGCCCAUGAAAUGCUGGCAUGUGUCCUGCAGUUUGUCCCUUUAUGGGUAUUCCACAGCGACAGACUUCAAGAAGCAGUCCUGCAUGCAUUCACCACUUAUCUGAAGAAGAGGUGGAGGAACCCCUAACAGAAUCUUUCGUUUUCAGAAGAUGUACAAUGGGAAACUCCAGCAGAAUGCAUUUUACUGGGACUCUGUGUGUGUGAAUGUGGAAUCAAAUAAGUUUGAGCUGUAGCUGCAUCCAAAUUACCUAUCAAAGGAUAAGUGAUUUGAUCCAAUGAAUCUAUUAAGCAAAUUAAUUCCUGUCCGUUUCCAAAGACCAUAAAAUUUGCUAGAGCUGUUCCGGUGACUUCUGUAGGCCUUAGAUAGAUUCUAAGAAAUUUUAACAUAAGCUUUGAGGCUGCAAAU